UAUAUAAACUUACUCUGAGAAAUGACAGCGGAUAACUUCAACACCUCCUCGUCGUUUACAUUAAAAACAGAACAGACAGUCCGCGAUGAUGACUUGAGCGAUGAUGACAUUUUUAUGGAACACAUUGACAAGCUCUCAUUCAUGCCCCUGCCAUCAAUUUCUAUAAAUAAUAACGCUCUUAUAUUCGAUCAGUCGAACGAGUACUUGCGUCUUACUACAAUGGUCCGUAAUACAUACUUGUCAUAUCUACACAAGUGUUUGCUUAAUAAUUAUGAAACGUGUUAUGAGGAAAGAGAAGAUGAUGAAAUGUCAGCUGUUAAAAUUAAAAAGUGCGCAGAUCAAAUGGAAUUACAUGCCGUUAGAUUGGCAUUGGAAUCUCAAUUGUACAGAGAGAAUAUGUUAAGACUGAUUAAGGAUAUAAAAUCCCAUACUAUCAAUAGAAAAGCUUACAAAACGUUGGUGAUAUUUUUGGAAGAACCUAGAAACACCUUUGACGUUGCCGUGCAAACGGACAAAUCUACGUGGAUGGAUGUUCACGAGAUAGAGACCGCAAGAGGCACGUGUAUUUCGCCCAACGACGAGAAAAUGUCACCAACAGCUUCGUUGACUCUCAAUCUUAGCAGUAUAUUUGAAAACACAAAUGUUAGCGAAGAUUUUAACAACGAAACGGAAGUACAGCAAACGGAAUUCUUAGACAACACUCUAACGAUGGACUUUAACAAUGCUAGUCAAAGAACUGAGGUUUCAACCGCUCCGCAACUGACAAAUGACAUUACCUUUGUGAAAAAUGAAGAUGAGGAUUCACAGGAUUCACUGUUGCAACAUAUGGAAGAUAUGUUUGGCGAGAGUGACGACAGUAGCGAUCUCACAAAAUUGAUUGAAAAACACUCCGAUUGUACCAAAGUUAAUAGCAACGUUAACAACGAAACUAAUCAGAAAUGUUUGGAAACGGACAUUGAUGACUUGAAUAAUAUUUGGGGUGUGUCAGAAACUACUACCAUACCCAGUGUAAAAAGAGUGAACGCAAAUAAACUUAGCUUUCGUAGUUACAAGGAAAGACAGAGAAGAAACAAACUGAACAAGGCCAACAGAGAUAAAAGCGACGAACACGACAACGUAAGCGAUCAACAGCAGAGAAUAAACGCGGUCUGGUUCGUGGAACGUGUGCAUCAGGUUUCCAAAUUCAAAGCCAAAAUGACGGAGUUGUCGCUGAGAAAUUAUCGAAAGCACAGGAAGAUUAAAGAAAAGUUUUUCUACUUGUUCGGUGAGUGCGGCGACGACGACGAAUUGAUGUUAGAUUCGCCUAUAUGUAUAGAGGAUUAUUUACCAGCGUGCAAAGAUAGGAUAGCACCUUGGAUCGUUAAGUAUUUAAUGCCAUUCUACAAAAAGAGAAGGAUUAAAAAUCGACACCUUUUCAAAGCUGUUGCAAAAUAUAUCACAGAUAUGCUUAUUAUAGAAAAUACCUUUCCAGAGGAGACGUCAGUGAGCAAAUAUAUAAAAGAUUACUUCAAAAGCGGAAAAUGUAUUAAGAUUAAACAGGAUAUAUUCUUAUGAAGGCCUGUAUCACAAUAUUACGCAAUACGUUAGUGAAAUGUAUAUAAAUUCUUUCUCUUAUACACAUAUAUAGAUCUCUUUCAAUAUAUUUAAUGUUUGUUUUUCUUU